CUUUAAUUGGUCAAAUUUUUCACUGUGCCCAUGGCUCCCAGUCCGGGGACGACCAGAUAUUAUUGAACAUUUCUGGACAAUCAGAAGGCGUUCAACAACAUUUGUUUGACACAGAAAUGAUUUUUCCAUAAUUCUGGAUCGCACAAGAUUUGAAGAUGUCUACGUUAUUAAGAAUAGGUCACUGUUUGAAGGGCAGGAUUCCUGCUCAGGUUGUUGUUGUAUUUGAUGGCCAGAGAGGCUUAAUGCCUGCUAGAACAAAUGACUGUGCUAAUCUACAACAGUUCCACUCACUGAAAUCAAACUACCAUCAACUACAGUCAAGCUGUAAUACACUGGUGUCACAACAGACUAGGGCUAUUGAUUCAAGAACUUUAAAAACAAAUGCAUCUGAUAACAUAGACGAAGACAGCAGGAUGCCUCUGACUCAUCCGACAAAGGGAGUGUUAGUGUACGCUGGUAGAAUGACACAGUAUAUUAAAGGAUUGAAAACACUGUCACUCAGUACAAGCCUCCUUGCACUGCUCGCUCAACCUAUGGUACUGUCAGCGGCUAAAGAUGAUCUGCUGUUUAAAGCUGGUUUAAUGGGAAGUAUCAGUGCAGCUUUAUUCAGUACACCAGCCCUCGUACAUUUUGUAACGAAGAAAUACGUGACAGAUGUCUAUUUUAAUGAAGACACUAAAAUGUUUACGCUGGCUUAUAAAAGUUUCUUCCUACGUCGCAAGGAAUUACAGUAUAGAGCUGGCGAUGUGGUUAUCCCUUUUGCUCCUCGUAUGUUUGUCACACACAUUGUCAAAGGGAGGUCAUUCUUCAUUGAACUAGAAGAGUUUAGAAACAAAGAGAUAUACAAGCACAUGGUUGGAUAUGACAAACCAAUGGAUUGGGGCAUUGGAACUCAGAAUGUUAAGACUAAACCAAAGAAGAAGAAAAAGUUUGGACUGUUUGAAGAUGAGGAUGAAAAGGAAAAACAGAUGGCUGAAAAAAGGACACCACCUGAAUUUAUUUCCAAACAGAUGAUGUUUGAUGAUGAUGAUGAUGACUUUGAACAUUCUGUUAAAGAAAAACAAAGAAGAAGUAAAAUGCACUAAAGUUAAAUAUGUCGGAAAUUCUUUAAAGCAGUAUACAAGGAAAAACAAUAUUAGGAGAACAUUAACUAAGAAAUAUAAUAAUCAUUGGUGAAACAGCAUUUUAACAUUUAUUGCAUUGUUACGCAGUAUUUCUGAAUAGCUUUCAUUAGUACAGUCACUCAUUAAACGGUCUUUGUGUGACUAAAUAGGAAUCACUUCUUUAAUGCUUUCUUGAUGAAUAUCUCUGUACAUGUAAAUUGCUAUAGUUCUACAUUCAGUUCUUCAUUA